AUAUGUGUCUGUGCAAACGUCAUGUUAUUCAUCUGUUGAAUGUCGGGUUGAAGAAAAUUGUCCAUUGCCAAAGGUGAUUAGUGUCUGGGCGAUGAAAGAUAUAGAAAAAAAAUCAGAAAAAAAAUUAAACCCCUUAUCACGUUGAGUAUACAUUACGCGAUUAAUUUUUGGAUCCUUUAUCCGCGUCAAAUAGCAAACUACCGUUAACACACGUGUGAAAACGACAGAUUCGAUCAAAUUUUCGCUAUCGCAAUAAACCUUCAACACAAAACUCUGCACAAAUAUGGAUGGCGGCGGUUAUUCAGGUGAGGGUGACUUGGGCGGUCCGAGAACGCCGCAGCAGGCAUCAACGACCAAAAAAAUGCAGGACACGCAGGCAAAGGUCGACGAGGUUGUUGGCAUAAUGAAAGUCAACGUUGAAAAGGUUCUUGAACGCGAUCAGAAACUCUCAGAGCUUGACAACAGAGCCGAUGCUCUUCAGCAGGGUGCCGCACAAUUCGAACAACAAGCCGGGAAACUGAAGAGAAAGUAUUGGUGGAAAAAUUUAAAGAUGAUGAUCAUCAUCGGCAUAAUCGCCGUCCUCAUAUUGAUCAUCAUUAUCGCUUCAUUGAUUCCAUCGUCGAGCAGUGACACAAAGCCAUCUGGAAAUUAGAGGAGAAAAGGUUGACGAGUGACGAGAAGAAGAAGAUGAAAAUCGACGAGGAAGAAGACGUUGGUAAAUGUGUAUAACAAUUUACGAUACAUGAAAAGAGUUAAGUUUAGAUAAUUAUUAUAAUAUAAUAUAAUGUAAGGUUGGCCUGGAGUUUGGAAUGAUAAACGUAUAGAGAAAGUAACUGAUAAUAACUAACUGUAAGAAUAAAAAGAAAAACAUUUACAAGGAAAAGAAAUAAAUAAAUUGAAAUUACUAAACGGCAAGUAUUUUAACUGAUAAAAGCAGAAAAUUGUAUUAAAAGAUUAUAACACGAGGCAGAGCAGUCAAUGUAGGCGUUUUUCUUCCUGUUUAAUGAUCUUGAAAUAUCG